AACAAGCUGUUUUAUCACGAGUGGUUAAAGGACCCUCUGUUGGCCGAAGUGCGCGUCGGGACCGUGCCGCUGUGUCACCACACACCCAACAACCUGGAUCUACCUGAACUUACCACAACUUCACAGGAAAAGGCGGCACCACGCUGAACUUUGACCCUUAUAAACCUCCCACGACAACUUUCAGCUGCUUCGCUUCCAUAUUCAGUUGGUCUGCCGCGGUGGUAAGGGCCGGCAGGUCACGGCCGCCCAGGUAAAUACAGGUUUAUACGGUCUGAGGAGAAGCUAAAGAAUCCUACUGUUGUUAAUCUGCAAGUUUAAGCGGCUUGGUGCGUGUUCUCAUGCGAAUGCUUAGCAGCUCUAUAGCAUGGUACGAUUGGAUUACGGCACUGAUCAGGCAUUAAAGAGACAUGAAAUGGACAACCGACUAUCCAGUGAGACUGGCCAGAUGUCAGGACCUGUGGGAAAAGAUGUCUGCACCGACCAUAAUGAUAAAGGGUCUUCAGCAAAUACUCCCAGAGUACCCUGGAGUAACGUGUGUGCUCAGGAUUCAAGCACCCCACUUCCGUUUGGAGACACCACAUUUAUAAUCCCUGCACCUACGACCCAGGACAAUGGACCAGCCACGCCCCCCAGAGAAGAGGCCAGAGGCGAGAACUGUGAGAGAAGUCAUGCCCCCGGGGUGUCUGAGAGGAGUGGCAGCAGGGGGCGCCACAGAGGACUGUCCAUCCAAUCACCCUCCUGCUUGGACCACAACGGCAAUGAGGAGCCCCACAUGGACAGGACUGACACACCUGACAUGGUAGAAGAUGAAGAAGGAACCUCUUGCAGUGAUCUCCAGGGUAAACUUUACAUUAAUAGAGUGUUCAACAUGAACGCAGACAAGAUGUUUGAGCUUCUCUUCAGCUACUCUCAAUUUCUACAGAAUUUUAUAAAUGCCAGAAAAAUUACAGAUUUCGUCAUGGGUUCAUGGGAGAGAGAUGUGAAUGGUACCCAGAAACGGACUCUGAAAUACGUAAUAACCAUCACAAACCCGUUGAUCGGCAAGUUCUCCACUGCAACUGAGAGUCAGACCAUGUCGAAAGACAGCCAGCCUGGCCAGUACUAUGUGAUUGAUGCAGAGGUAUCCACACAUGAUGUGCCUUACCAUGACUACUUCUACACGCACAACAGAUACUGCAUCAUUCAGACCUCAAAGCGCAAGUGUAGACUCAGAGUCUCGACGGACGUCUGUUACAGGAAGCAGCCCUGGGGACUGGUGAAGUCCUUCAUACAGAAAAACUCCUGGAGCGGAUUGGAGGACUACUUCAAGCACUUGGAAUCUGACCUGUUGACUGAGGAGGUUCUACACAACCCCAUCUCCGCUGAGCCCGGUCAGCCGGGCCAUCGGCGCCGCCGCAGGGGCUUCAACCGGGGACUUGCCGACCUCUCUCCGAACCGCGAUGUUGGCACGAGGGAAGGCUAUGCAGAUAAAGGAAAUAAUUUGGAAGAUAAACCAACAAAGCAGAAUUGGAAGCUGUCAAAGCUUGUGUUGAGCAUGAGUGUGAUCCUGCUUAUCCUAGCUGCCUUGAACUUGGGUCUGUUUUUUAAGCUUCUGGAUGUAGAAGUUGUGGCCCAAAAGGUCCAUUUGUCAAGCAAGUUGAAGAUUCCUGAAAAGCUGAGUGUCAGUUUGGAUCACGAGACGCUAGAGCAGGAAGCAAAACAUAAGAGUCCUCGUCAACUUCAGGAGCUGCGGGCGGUGAUCAAUGAUUCCAUUGUUCUGCUGGAACAGUUGAAAAAUUCCCUAGCAGCAAUUCAGAAGAGUUUUGAACUCCACAAUCAGACCGUGAUGAGCGCAAGUGGAAUCUGAACAGCCAUCAGCAGUGAAGACACAGAAUUGAACUACAUGUUUAUACGGUGCCCUUGCCUCCAGGGGCGAUCCGGGAAACUUGUGCCCAGUUAUAAAUCAAUCUGCAGCCUCUGCCUCAGGUUAGUGUGCUUCCACAUCAGCCAAGCUGAUGCCCAGCACCACAAAGCACACAAACUCUGUAUCGAAUGGAAAUUCUACUGAGCCAUAUUUGACUGUAAUGGAUGUUUUGUAAAUUUUCUGGACCGAAUGUUUUUUAAGUGCUUUGAUAUUCAAUUAUUGCACUUUGAUAACAGUGUCAGCUGUUCUUUAUAGCAACUUUACUUUCCACUUUUUAACGAUUCCAAGACUUGUUUGGCCCUGGAAAUUUCUAAACACCGCUGCUUCACUUUCUUAAGGCUAUUUAAUUUUACUGUAGGAACCGACGUCCCUUUGCACACAAAAGCUAGAUGAACUUGUACAUACUUGAAAUUAAUUGAAUUCCAGAUUAAUAUGGAUUAAAUCCAAUGCAAUUUAUAAAAGAAAAUCUAUAUUUAAAAUAUAUAUACGUAGGUUAUUUUUGAUGCACAUCACCCAACAAAGGUUUUUAUAUAUGAAUGACUUCACAAGUAGCAUUAUCAGGGUUUCUUGUUAUACUGUUUACAUUUUACCACAUACAAUAUGGACACCUGUGAUUGCAUAGAUAUUUUUAAUGACUUCUCCUGAUAGCUGAGGGCUGAGGUUACACCUCUCUGCUGUGGUCUUUUUACUUUCCCCCUUCUUGAGCAGGCACCAGAAAGGAUAGACACUUGUUCCCGCUGGUGCCCAUAGGAAUGUCAAACAGAUGCAUUAACUGGUUCUUGUCCAUUACAAUGAACAAUAUUUUUAUUAACUUAAAGUCAUGAAGGCUCAUUGUCAAAACACUACAUGUAAUGGAAAAAAUAAAGCAUUUUCAAGUAA